AUUCCCGGCUUGUCCUUCAUAAGCGACCCGCAUGGGACCGUGAUGCCAGAAGCAGUCCCCCUGGAGAAGUCGUUGGGUGACAACACGGAUUAACUCGGAGAACAGCAGUACGCAAAGUGUCUACAAUGACUCGGACCGUCUUUCUCGCUCUUGCGAUUUUCGCACUUGUUGGAUACGCGGUGUGUGCUUCUACACGCGAGACAGACUGCCAGCGACGUCGCCGCAGCGAGCAGGGCGCCACACGGAACCUGACCGGGCUCCUCGUUCCGGAAUGCGACGAACACGGCAACUACAAAGCAAUCCAGUGCUUCGGUGAAGCUGUCAGAGGAAGGCCCUUCUGUGCGUGCUACGACAACGAGUUCGGACAGAUCAAGGGCCCUUCCAGGAGCCUGAGGUCGUGCAACUGCAUUAGAGACCACCACGAGUGGCAGCACAGAGCACGUUCUCAGAAGGGACCAGAGCCACGAUGCGAUGCCACCUCGGGAGAAUACAACGCAGUGCAGUGCGACGUCGGCGAGCACUGGUGCGUCGAUAGGGACACCGGCAGACAGGAGGGUGAGAGGCAACCCGGAGGCUGCUCUAGCGACCUGUCCGCCAUCUCUUGCGGAGUCGGCGGAACGCACCACGGUCACGGUGACUCUCACGGCAGCUCUUCCCACCAUGGUAGCUCGGACCAUCACGGCAGCUCUGGGUCUUCUAGUCCCGGUACCUCCAGCCACCGCGGUGGAUCUGGUUCAACUCAUCAGGGAAGCUCGGACCACCACAGCGGCGACUCGUCUCAUUCGAAUUAUAACUGAAGCAUUUAAGCGAGUCCCGACACAACUUCUGGAAACAAAAGAAACAAAAGCCUCAUUGCUGCCACACAGUAUUCUGUUCACUAAGAAUGACUGUUAUUCGUAAUAAACCAAAGAAGCUUUUA